CAACAUAACGUGACUGACCAAAACAAUAACAACACCGAUCAGUAACUGUGUCGGGUGUAAGAGACUUGCAGUGGUUAAUGACCUUGUUACCUGCUUAAUCACCUGAUUUGUAACAUUAGUAAUAUCAUCAAAUAAAUUUAGAACACACAUGUCCUUAAAACGUUGGGAUGAGACCAAUUGACGGCUCUUCAACUGCAGCACCGUAGUUCCAUUUGACUGAGAUGCCACAGCAAGCACAGACAAUGGCAAGCGUACGACCUGCCGCUGCUGGACGACAGACUCUGGCCCCGAGCCGUAGCACUGUUUAUGUAUCCAAUUUGCCCUUUAGUCUUACCAACACAGAUCUACACAAAAUAUUCGAGAAGUUUGGAAAACUUGUGAGAGUCACAGUUCUUCGAGAUCAAGAUCGAAAGAGUCGUGGUGUUGCCUUCAUGUUGUUCUUGAGUCGUGAUGAAGCUCAAGCCUGUGUCCGAGGUACAGACGGCUGCAAGAUGUUUGGUCGCACUCUGAAGGCCAGCAUCGCCCGAGACAAUGGCCGAACUACAGAAUUUAUCAGAAGAAGAGAAUAUCCUGAUAAGUCGAGGUGUUAUGAAUGUGGGGAGGCUGGACACUUGAGCUACACCUGCCCUAAGAACCUCCUCGGGGAAAGAGAACCAACAAAGAAAAAAUCCAAAAAGCGAAGGGAAGAAUUUGGGCAGGAGGGAAAUAAGUCCCAGAGAUUAGACAUUGGUGAUGUUGAAGACGAGGAAGAGGAGGAAGAUGACAGAAAUUUUGAAGAUGAAUCUCUGAGUGGAGCCAUUAGAUACCAACAAGAACUACGGGAGGCAGAGGCAUUCCAGAGCAGAGUGGCUACUGGGGAGUAUUUUAAGGGCGAGUCACAGGUCCACAAGACAAAGAUAAAGCAGUCAACUUACUUCAGUGAUGAAGAGGAAUUAAGUGACAGCUGAAUUACCAAAGAACAUUGCAUAGAUAUACAUGCAAUGUAAUAUAAAGGUUUUGACAGUACAGUACAGUGGUCCCUCGGUUAACGAGCACAAUUCGUUCCAGAAGGUUGCUCGUUAACCGAAAAAUUCGUUACCCAAAACCAGUUUCAAUGGGUUUUUGGGUAAUUGGUUCCA